AUGGGUUAUAAACAGUAUCAACAAGUGUUGAAUUUUGCAGCACCAACUAAGCAAAAAACAAAGAAAACCGCAUCCAAAAAAUCCACUAGUAGUGGUGACGCAUUAGAGGAUAAACCAAUUAAAAGAAGAACCAAAACUGGAUGUUUUACUUGUCGUAGAAGAAAGAAGAAGUGUGAUAUGGAUAAAGAAGAUGGGAAAUGCCAGGCAUGUAUAAGGAACUUUUUGGACUGUUCGUGGCCCGAUUCGUGUGAGAAGAAGAAGGAAGAAGCCAUCAAGGUUGAAUCACCAAUUUCAAUUACUUCCUCUCCAGAAUUAGUCAAUGCUGAAGAAGAAGAAGUUAAAUCUGAUGUUACUAAAGGUGCUCAUGCUUAUCCAUCUCCUAUACUGUCUCCUCGUGCUGAUACAAGGAAGUUGGCAGUUACCGAUAUAAACUUUUUAUUAUUACCUCCAUCAUCAACCAAUGAUUAUAAGGUUUCCAAACCUAAGUCAGUUAAAAAGGAACAAAAAGAAGUUAAAGAAUCUAAAACUCACUUUAUUGUUACUUCAUUCAAUAGCGAAAAUGAAUUGUGCCAAAUUCAUGCUAAAUAG